GUUGCAGUGAGUUAUUCUAAUAUUCAAAUAAGAAUAGCAAAAUUAUGUAUUAGACGUAGUUAUGCUAAGGAUUGUAACCCAAGUAGGCCCUUGGCACAAUAUAUGUGAACUAAAACCAGUGUUGCAAGAAAUCAGUAAAGCAUGAUUAUCUAAAGAAUGUGCAGUAGAGGAAGAAAUUGUCAUCUACAUGAUGUAUGUCCCUAAGGAAUGUUCUGUUAGAGAUACAAUGUAACCGUUAGUCAAGGAAAGCUUAGAGAAGUAUAAAGAAUCCUGUAAGUUUGUUGGGAAGCUGGGACUCUGAUUUUGGGACGCUAGUCCGCAGAGACCCCCAGGGCCCUUAAUAAAGCACCGCAUAAAACAACUUUGUUGUUUUGUGUUUUACUCUCUUUGGAUACGGGCAGCAGUUUUCUGGCGACCGCGGCAGGACUCCGAAGGUGGCUGGGGCGGUUCACGUCCUGAUCCACUCCACGCCGGCACCGAGUGAUUCUCGGGGAGUCAUCGGUUCGUGCCCGACCCCCGCGCCUGUCGGACGACUGUGAGGAGAACGCUUUAAAUGGUUUACUGUGAUUGAUUUGAAAGAUGCCUUCUUCUGCAUCCCACUGGCCGCGGAAAGCAUGAAGUACUUUGCCUUUGAAUGGGAAGACCCUAACACAGGACGGAAGAAGCAGCUGACAUGGACACGUUUACCCCAGGGAUUCAGCAACAGCCCCACAAUCUUUGGCAAUCAGUUGGCCAAGGAACUGGAGGAAUGGAGGACCACCCAGGUGAAAGAACCACCGUCUAGUGAAACAGCAGAAGGGGAAUUAGCUCAUGACUGCAUGGAAAUAAUUGAGCAGGUGUACUCAAGCCAGAUGGAUCUGAAGGACACACCAAUGGAAGAUCCCAACUGGGAGUUGUUCACAGAUGGAUCAAGCUUCGUGGAAAAUGGGACCAGGUAUGCCGGGUACUCUGUUGUCUCCACAACUCAAGUUAUAGAAGCCAAAGCAUUACCUCCAGGAACCUCGGCCCAGAAAGCAGAGGUCAUAGGCCUUACAAGGGCACUGGUACUCAGCGCUGGAAAGAAGGUAAACAUUUGGACUGAUUCUAAAUAUGCUUUUGGAGUAGUACACAUACAUGGAGCUUUAUGGAAAGAGAGGGGAUUACUUAGUGCACAAGGAACUAUGAUCAAACAUCACACAGAAGUUUUAGCCUUACUAGAAGCAGUCCACAAGCCAGAAAAAGUGGCCGUCAUGCAUGUACGUGGGCAUCAGAAAGAAGAAGGAAAAAUUUUCCAAGGAAAUCGCCUGGCAGAUUCGGCUGCCAAGGAGGCUGCACGGCUGGUAUGGACCCAGAUGGCUUUGAUCCCUACAAAGGUAACCCCUAUUUCUCCUUACUUAAACAAACCACCACACUACUCAUCAGAGGAUGAGAAGCUGGCCAAAUUGUUGAGGGCACAGAAAAACGCAACUGGAUGGUACGUCACAACUACAGGACAAGUGGUGGUCCCAAAACAAAUAAUGAAUGCAAUCCUUGUUACAGAGCACAAUAAGUGUCAUUGGGGAGCAGAGGUAUUGGUAAAAUUUUUGAAAAAGGAGAUGGUUUCUAACCAGAUGUUAACAAUGGCAAAGCGGGUGAAUGCAAUGUGUCCGGUGUGUCUGAAAAAUAACCCCAUAGUUAGGAAGCAAAUCCAGCUAGGUAGGCUUCAAACUGGGGCAGAGCCAGGAGAUUAUUGGCAGUUAGAUUUUUCAGAAUUACCGAGGGUUCAGGGGUACAAGUAUGUGUUGGUAUAUGUGUGUACUUUCUCAGGAUGGCCAGAGGCCUUUCCCUGUCGUACCAAUCAGGCUAAGGAAGUAAUCAGGACUCUAUUAAAAGAGAUCAUUCCGAGAUUUGGGGUACCAUUGGGAUUGUCGUCAGACCGGGGACCACAUUUUAUUGCUAACAUUGUACAGGAGGUGGCUAGAAUGCUUGAUAUCACUUGGAAUCUACACACUCCCUGGAGACCUCAGUCGAGUGGUCAGGUUGAGAGAAUGAAUCAAACACUGAAAAAUCAAAUAAAGAAAAUCUGUCAAGAAGCCAAAUUGCAGUGGCCGCAGGCUUUACCGUUAGCUUUGCUCAGAAUUAGGAUAAAGCCUAGAGAAAAGGUGGGAGUCAGCCCUUUCGAAAUUCUGUAUGGGAAACCGUAUCAUGCAACUACAGUGAGGGGCGACCCACAUGUGUCCGGAGAUCAGGUGAUUUUCAAUUAUGUUCUAUCCCUUCACAGAGUUCUCAGCGCCUGUGUGGAGCAUUGCAGUGGAAUCGACCACUGCCACUGGAAAAUCCUGUACAUGACAUACAACCAGGAGACCAGGUGUACAUAA